AAUCAGCCUUGAGUUCGCCACACCUCCUUUUGUCUCUGUAUUUCUCUGUAAAUGCCAGGGGACGAUUACAAUGUUGACUCAUUCACAGCAUUUUUCGAAGGCUGGCUUCUCCGCCAACAACAAUAUCUCGACGAGCUUCUAACAGCCACGCGCCGCCAUCCCGACGACGCCGCGGACAACAGCGAUCUCGAUGAUUUAAUUUCUCGAACCCUCAGCCACUACGAGGAAUAUUACGAGAAAAAAUCCCGAAUUGCCCAAAGGGAUAUUUUUCUCGUUUUUUCCCCCACUUGGUUCACCACCUACGAGCAGAGUCUCUUGUGGAUCGGCGGAUUCCGGCCGGGCCUGAUUUUCCGGCUCGUCAACGAGUCCAUAAACGACAUGUGGGACGAUCAAGUGUUGAGAAUUGGGCGGCUGAGGGAAGACGUGAAGGUCGAAGAGCGGAUGCUAAACAAUGACUUAGCGAAGAUUCAAGAAAAAGUGGCGGCGCCGCCGUUGCUGGAGUUUUUCCGGCGGCAGGGCCACGACGGCGUUACUGGUGGGACCGAAAUGGAGGCGUUGAAAGCGGCGUUUCAGUCGGUGCUGGCGAGUGCUGAUUUUUUGAGAAGAGAAACGGCGUUGAAAGUGGCGGAGAUUCUUACGCCAGCGCAAACCGUAAGAUUUUUGGCCGCCGUGGCUCAGCUUCAUCUUAGAAUCAGAGCUUGCGGGUUGCAGAAGGAUGCUGAGAGACGAGACCCCGGGUGUGGGGGUGUGCANUAAGAGCUGGUUUGAUAACCGUUCGUUUUUUUAGUUUUUCCGUUAAGAAAAAACAGUAACGCUUUUAAAAAGCUAUGGGUGUUUUCUGGCCAUUUCUUAAACACGGAUAAUUUCUGAGCUGAGAUUUCGCAAACAAAAUUUGAAAGUAACGUUUAAAACUUAAUUAAAAAAUCUAUAGUUUUGGUGGUGUGUUUCUUUGGUUUUUUUUCUUUUUGGCUGCGAGAUUUUAAGGUUAGAUUCGUUUGGAUUUUCAUGUGUUUGCUUAGAAACGGAAAGUUAGGCCUUGGGGAAUGGAUUUCAUGACGUUUGGUGAAAAUACAUAUUUUUGUUCUUUUUUUUAUUUUUUGUGUUUAUUUUUUCAUCAGUAUCCCAGUUUUGCAUAUACCGUUUACGUUUUCAUGCAUAUAUACGUUACAUGCAUACAUAUAUAAUUUUUUUAUUUUGCACGAAAACGAGAACUUUUCAUAUACUUUUUCAAAUAGAAAAGCUUCAACAUAAUCAUUUUGGCCAAUAAUUUGAAUUUUGUAUCUCAAUUUAUUAGUUUCAGUAGGUGAUAAUGGGAAAAAAUAUAAAUUGAUGCCACGUGAUAUAAAAAUUUAAAAGUUUGAAGCAUGCGUUUAUGAACAAGAAUUAA